CAUAGUCUGAAACUGAUCUCUGUAACCCUAGUAAACAAAACAUUGCUCAAUAACCACGUGCGUGGAAUAAAAAGUGAAAUCAAUUCAAUAAAUAAAUAAAUGACUAAUUAAUUAAAAAAUAAAAAGUGAAAAUAAAUAAAAUGGUGAUAAGUGAUAAUGACAAACUGACAGAAUUGAACACAACUUUAAAUGAGUCAAUGGUUUUUUUGAAUGUUCAAGAAUCGUCUAAACCUAAAAGCCGUAAGUCAAUAACUAUAAAUACAUCAAUAACAAGCCCAUCGAAACGUUUUGUACCCGAAUUAGGAGCGAUUCCUUCCGAACGUAAAAGUAUAUUAAAAAAUCCUAACAAUAUAACGAUGGAUAAAUUCGAAAUGGAUUUAAAUGAAUCCAAUGGUCAAGUAAAUUCAUCGCGUGGUUUCAAUUCACUUGAAGCGGGAAAUUCAAAAGAACCUUAUAGAACACUUGAAGAAUUUGUAAGUGAGGAAAAAUUAAUUUUGAAUCGUUCAGAAGCUUCUUUUACUUUGGGUGACAUUAAUGAGGAUGACGAAUUAUUUUUAAUUGAUAUUCCGCGUCAUUUAAAUCCUCAUGAUUUAGUUGGGGUUAAUAUUGACUUUGAUAGUAACAAAAAAAAGUUCAAAAUAAGCGAUGAAAAAUACUGUUGGAUACCUUGUCAAGAUGGCGAAAAUAUGACUUGUGUAAUGGCGACUGGCAAAGAAAGAAAACCUUUUCGAGCUGUUAAUGUUAAAUCUUCGGGUAAAAUUGUCAUCAAUAGACAUAAAACUAGUGAUAAAUGUAAAAAUGCAAGCAAGAAGACUUUUGAUGAUGAUGAACAACAAGUUGACUUUCCGGAAGAUUUGAAAUUUAAGAAUCCGCUUUUUCAAGAUAAGGUUAAAAAAAUACACAAGAUGAAAAAGGUCGAGGUCAAGCAAGAAAUCGAAGACACGGAUGAAGAUUAAUAUUUUUGUAAUUAAUUUUUUAUUAUGUUAAUUGUAAACGUGUUUUAUUUGGUUGUAAUAAAGAAAAUAUGAUUCGUGUAAAAAAGUUUUUUUUUAUGG